CGACGAUAAAUCGUCCUAAAAUCAUUUAAAAUCACCGUUUUACAAAAUUCUGUUAAUGAUUCAAACACAUUUUCCUCAAUAAGAUAUCCACAAUUACACGAUUGCUUAUCGAUCACGUACUAUCGUCAGUCGUAUCAAUUAUGUCAACAAAUUUGGGUUUUUCGCUGUAAUGUUGGUGAGCAUUAAAGGGGAAGCCCCUUUAGGUGUGUCAGCUGUGUGUUCCCAAAAAAUCCACAAACAAAGAAAACAUGGGUGCACUAUUAUCCACUGAAAACAACGACGAGUAUUUGCAAGACAGUUCAUGCUCUGAAGACGAAGAAGAUCCAGAAGAAAACUCAACCAAUGAAGAACCCCACAGGAGACUCUCUCCGAACUAUGAUGAAAUCACGCGGCUAGCUUACGAUUUAACCUUGGACUCCGCUACAGAUACCACAGAUGCAGCCCCUCCGGCUGCCACAAUGACGAUUACUUUAACAGUAGAUCAGGUGAUGGUGGUGGAGAAUCAUCUUGACACAUAUGAAAAAGUGUCUUUGGUGUAUUUGCUGUAUGAUAACCCCGCUGUAGCGCUAGAACACUUGACUAAGUUGGUUAAUGGCAGCAACGACAAGCUUAUCUACAACUGGGCUAUUUUCCAAAACUUGAAAAACUUAAAGUGGCAAGAAAAGCUUGUUGAAGCUUUAUGUAUUAUACAGAACUAUGAAGUUGUAAGGAUGCUGGGUUUUACAAGAGACAACCUAGUUGUAAGGUUUUCCCCCCAUCUUUACUUUGUGAACAUCUAUGUGAACAAAAUCCGGAAAGCUCUCUAUUGUUUGUGUGAGGCUUUUGAUUCCACAGAUGGCGAUAAUCUGCUGGGGUUAGUUUGUCCAGACUUUCAGAAUAAGGGGUUUAAUUUUAAAGUGUACAACCCGGAAUAUCUGGAGCUGUAUUUGUUGCACUGGGAGAUCAUAGGGUACAUUAAGCAAGAUAAUUUGACUAACUUGUGUGCAAUUUUAAAAGUCAUGGAUCAGCUGGACUGGUAUGAGAAAUUGAAACAGUUAAUUCCAGCAGUGGUUACACACAGCAGCGAGAAAACAAAAACGUCUCUUGAUAGUAAAAAACCAAAGAGUAUUUUUGACGAUAUUUUGAAUCCAUCGUCGAGUUUGUUCUCGCUUCAGUCGUCCUUAGAUACGCCAAUCAGUGCAGAUAAUGCAGUUUUUGUGAAUUCGGAUAACAAAUAUGAUGUUAACCCUGGAUGUCCUGGGGUCUGCUUGAUUAUUAACCAGGAAAAUUUUUACAGGGAGAUAGAGCCGUCUCUUCAGGACCUUCUGCCUCCCUCGGAAACUAAGUUAGAUCCCAGAAUGGGUACCCAACACGAUAAGAGGAAACUGAUCGAAACCUUUGAACAGUUCGGCUUUAGAAUCGAAACCGCAGACAAUUUAACCCAUUCAGACAUACCCAAAGAAAUUGAGAAAGUCAUGAACUCCAUCACGACCGAAUCUAGCUUUUUCGUGUGCAUCAUGUCCCACGGGGACGAAGGCGUCAUCUAUGGCGUCAACAGUUGCCGCGUCCACGUGAAGAAGCUCAAAAACCUUCUGUGCAGCAAAAACCGACGCAAUCUUUCCGGCAAACCUAAAGUUUUGAUUCUUCAGUCGUGCCAAGGCACCAGGUGCCAACCCAUUGCCUCGUUCGAGCCAGACAACGAUAAUAUUGUCAUAGACGGCCCUUCCAUGUCCACGUCUGAGGUGAUUCCACCGCUUGCCGAUCUGUUCACGUUCUGGGCAACCGUACCAGGUUAUGGUGCCAUAAGGAAUAAGAAAACUGGGUCGUGGUUUAUACAGUCGCUGUGUGAAAAGCUGACCACUCUUGGGGAUAAGCACCAUUUCGAGGAUAUUUGUACGUCGGUUGUGAGGGAUGUGAGCAGUAAAAAGUGGUCACAGAUUAAGGAGGAGGUGGCCAUGGUGCCGUCGAAGGACAGCACUUUCAGGAAGCUGUUUUAUUUUCCGCCCAUUAGGAAGUAUCGCAGCAAACGUGUGUGUCAGCUGUGCUGUGCAUUUCCAAAUAAUCCAAAAAUAAAAAAAAUGGGUGCAAUGUUGUCCAAUGAAAACAACGACGACUAUUUGCAAGACAGUUCAUACUCUGAAGACGAAGAAAAUUCAACCAAUGAAGCACCCCAUAGAAGAAUUUCUCCGAUCUAUGAUAAAAUCGACUUAACCAACAAUAUUUGCUUGGACUCCCCAACAGAUACUACAGAUGCGGCCCCUCCGACUGCCACAAUGGCGACCACUUUGACAGUAGAUCAAGUGAUGGUGGUGGAGGAUCACCUUGACAUCUUUGAAAAAGUGUCUUUGGUGUAUUUGCUGUACGAUAAUCCCGCUGUAGCUCUAAAACUCUUGACUAAGUUGGUUAAUGGCAGCAACGACAAGCUUAUCCAUAACUGGACCAUUUUCCAAAACAUAAAAAAGUCAAAGUGGCAAGAAGAGCUUGAGGAGGCUCUUUACAUUAUACAGAAUUACGAAGUCUUGAGGAUGUUGGGUUUUGCAAAAACCGACCUAGAUGUAAAAUUUCCGCCGCAUUUUUGCUUUGAUAAAAUAUAUGUCAACAAAAUCCGAAAAGUUCUAUACCGUUUGUGUGACGCUUUUGAUUCUACAGAUGGCGAAAAUUUGUUAAGGUUAGUUCACACAGACUUUCAGAAGAAGGGGUUUAAUUUUACAGUGUAUAACCCGGAAUAUUUGGAGCUGUAUUUGUUACACUGGGAGAGCUUAGGGUACAUUAAGCAAGAUAAUUUGAGUAAUCUGUGCAACAUUUUAAAUGUUAUGGAGCAGCUGGAUUGGUGUGACGUAUUGAAACAGUUAUUUCCAGCUGUGGGUACGCGCGUCAGCGAAAAAACAAAAACAUCGACUUUGUUCUCGUUUCAGUCGUCUCAAAGUACUCAGAUUAGUGUAGAUAAGAAUGCAAAUUAUGAUACUAUUGAAAAAUAUGAUGUUGACCCUAAGUCCCCAGGGGUCUGUUUAAUUAUUAACCAAGAAUAUUUUUACCGGGAGAUAGAGCCAGAUCUUCAGGAACUUCUGCCUCCCGCGGGUACUAUAUUAGAUACCAGAACGGGUACCGAACACGAUAAGAAGAAACUAAUCGAAACCUUUCAACAGUUCGGCUUUAGAAUCGAAACCGAAGACAAUUUAACCCAUUCAGACAUAUCCAAAGAAAUUGAGAAAGUCAUGAACUCCAUCACGACCGAAUCUAGCCUUUUCGUGUGCAUCAUGUCCCACGGGGACGAAGGCGUGAUCUAUGGCGUCAACAGUUGCCGCGUCCCCGUGAAGGAGCUCGAAAUUCUGCUGUGCAGCAAAAACCGACGCUACCUUUGUGGCAAACCCAAAGUUUUGAUUCUACAGUCGUGCCAAGGCACCAACUUCCAAUGCAUUGCCGCGGCCGAGCCAGACAACGAUAACAUUGUCAUGGACGGCCCUUCUGAGGUGAUUCCACCGCUUGCCGAUCUGUUCACGUUCUGGGCAACCGUACCAGGUUAUGGUGCCAUAAGAGAUAUGAAGACUGGGUCAUGGUUCAUACAGUCACUGUGUGAAAAGAUAAUCACUCUUGCGGACAAGUACCAUUUUGAGGACAUCUGCACGGCGGUUAUUCAAGACGUGAGCAGUAAAACGUGCGUACGGAAUAACGAGAGAGUGGCGAUGGUGCCUAAGAAGGAAAACACUCCCAGGAAGUUGUUUUAUUUUCCGCCCAUUAGGAAGUAGCUGUUGUAUCUGUAAUACGUGUGUUAAGGGUUGAUUUUUACUGUUUUUGUUAUGAGUGGUUUAAAUGUCUUAAAUAAAAUUUAUUUAUUUUUU